AUGAAAAUAAUUUGUGUUUUCGGAGCAGGCCUCUCGUUUGCCUCCUCAAUCAAAAACCUCCUCGCCGACCACAAUGCAACCUGCGAUUUUGCCUUCGACACAAGCAUUCACCAACAACCGUCCAACUUUGAAAACGCUCGUUUUUAUUCUUUCGCGCUGGUUCAAAAUUCGAAUAUUGUGGUGAACUUCAUGAACGAAGAAAUGCGAUCGACAGUUUGCGCUGGCGCCUUUGACCAGAUGAAUGAGGAGCUUUCUUCGCGAUCAGGAGAGGUAACAAGGGCGGAGAUUCCAGACUGGUUCGAGUCGAAAGAUUUGGGCAAUGGGCAGCAUCAGAUUCGAUAUUGCUGCGAGCCAAGCGCUCUGAAAGACCCAAUUGAUGAGUUGGAUAGACUGACUUCUUCUUGGGCUGAAUCCCUCUGGGCUGAUGAUGAGUUUAUCGUCGACAACGUCAAUUACAUCAAAAAACGACUCCUUCGUGAUUACAACAAGAAAAUCAAAAAAGGCUUUGCUCUUACUGAAGCACUUGAAUUCCCAAUCAUGGAAGCUUCAAACAACUGCGAAAAAGCCCUGGUAUUCACGAAUGUCUUGAAAAAUUGGUCCAGCGUGCACAACUUUAACUACCACAGAAAACUCGACAAGAAGCAUCAAAAACUGGUUGUCGAAAUUGACAAUCUUUUUGACGAACUUGAAUUUGCCUACUGCAUGUAA